GAGAAGAGCUGCGGUUCUGAACGCGCGACUUCCCUUCAGCGUUGUGUAGAAGCGGACUUCAUCUGAGAACAGUCAGCGAUUAUUGACCUGUCUUUGAGCAGCGGCGUCGGUAGGCACAUUGAGGGUAAUUGAGCAUCGUAGUACCAGGUAAUUGAGCGUAGUACUCGCAUCCCAAAACAGGGAGAGUGGAACUUGUCCACGGAGCGCUAAGGAGGGACCCAGUGGAGAGAGUAAAGAGAAGAGGGGUCAAUCUCCGUCUGUAAGCACUAUCUUACCAACCUAACUAGGACUUCCAGAAAUAUAACUUCUGAACAGGGCACGCUAAAAGGACCCAGAGUAGAGAGAGCAGAGGUCCAUCUCCGGAGACACACCCAACAUCAGCACCAAGCUAAACAGAACUUCCGAAAGUUAACAAGUGCGUAAGGACUACUCGGAGAUGGCCAACGCGGGGAUCCAGCUGCUUGGUUUCGGACUGUCCCUGGUGGGAAUUAUCGGUCUCAUCUGCGGGACCAUCAUGCCACAGUGGAAGAUGUCGGCGUACGUUGGGGACAGCAUCAUCACAGCCGUGGCCAUGUACGAGGGACUGUGGAUGUCCUGCGCCUUCCAGAGUACCGGCCAGCUCCAGUGCAAGAUCUACGACUCCAUCCUACAACUGGAUAAUGCCCUCCAGGCCACGCGUGCCCUGAUGAUCGUGGGCAUCAUCGUGUCCAUAGCUGGGCUGGGCGUGGCCAGCAUAGGCAUGAAGUGCACCACCUGCGGAGCGGACGACCGCGCACGCAAGUCGCGCAUCGCCGUAACUGGGGGAAUCAUACUGCUCGUAGGAGCCCUGUGUGCCAUUGUGGCCUGCUCGUGGUUUGCCCACAAUGUCAUCCGAGCCUUCUACAACCCAUACACACCAGUCAACACCAAGUUUGAGUUCGGGGCUGCCAUUUUCAUCGCCUGGGGGGGUUCCUUACUGGAUGUGUUGGGGGGCGCCUUGCUGGCGGCCUCCUGCCCCCGCAGUAAACAGCUGUCCAAGUACCCCCCCAAGAAUGCCAACGCCUCUCGGGCCCCCAGUGCCAAGGAGUACGUUUGAGCCCAUCACCCUCUAGUGGUUGAGAAGAAGAACAGCAAAAAAGGGGACAAAGGAAAAACAACAGACUGUGGAGUCUUUGUUGCUUUCCUCCUUACUCCCUCCCUCUCCCUCUUAUCUGUCUGUCUGUCUGUCUGUCUGUCUGUCUGUCUGUCUCGGUGGACCGAUGCUGUUUUUCUUCCACACAAAGCUCAAGGCUUGUUUUUUUAGUGUUUGGUUAUGUGAAAAGGGGUGGGAGCAAAGAAAGAAAGAAAGAAAAAAUGUGCCCCCCCCCUCUUUCUUUUUAAAAUGAAGGACAAAAGAGAGCACCUGUUACAAGUCAUUAUCUUGAAUGCUCCACUAAUGUGCCUUUCUCGGAAAAAUACACAAAGAAAAACUAAUUACAAUGAAAGAUGUAUUUGGAUGGAUGUAUAAAACUAGCAGUCAGGGCCUAGCUUUACCUUUAGAUCUGUGCAACAAAGGGACAAUACUAGUCAAACAAAAUCCUGACAUUUGUGCAAAAAUGAACAUUUUCAGUUCAAUGAGUGCAUUUUAUAUUAAUGUAUAUACCUCAGUUGCAUAAUGUAUCACAGUCAGGUGCUGUGCAUUAAAAGAGGAUUGCAGUAUUUUGUAACCAGAGAUGCUGACAAAGCAUAAAAAGAAAAAGCUUAGUUCCCUCUUA